GUGCUUCACUGUGUGUGUGUGUUUGUGUGUAGAACUUGAGUUAUUGGCCUCAAAUUGGCUUGGCCAAUGCGUGCAUAGUUAAAUAAGUUAACAGCGAGUGCAAUACAAUAGCUGCCAAAUUGUGACUACGGUUCUUUCAUUAAGCAUAAAACAUAUAAUCUAAAACAAAAAAACGAAAAACAAAAGGCCAAACGAGUGAGAGAGAUAAACACAAUACAAACCGUGUGUCAAACAAAAGCCAAAUGUGAAGAAACUCAUAAAAAGAAAAAAUAAGAAAUAUACACAAAAAAAAAAGAGAAGCCGCAAGAAAAAACAUAAUUCUAACAACAACAACGACGGCAAUAAUCAUAAUAACAGUGUGGCAGCAAAUUAAAAGAAAUGACCCCAAAAAUAAGUUGGCAGUGAAGUUUUCCCAACAGCAAACGAAAAACGAAAAACCAAAAAAAAACAACAACAACUACGAGAAAAGUAAAACAAACAAACAAACAAAAAGCGAUUGUAAUACGACAAAAGUCAAGUAAACUGAAUUCAACUACAGAACACGCAAAUGGGCGCGUUGCAGCAACAGAGUAAAAGAUACACUGAAACAGAUACAGAGAGCAGAUAUAAAAGUAGAGCAGACAACAGCUCAGCACCCGCAUCGUCAACGAUAACGCAGAGAAGAAGCCACAACAGCAUGCCCAUGCGUAUCAGCAUCCUCAUCCUGGCGCUGGGCAGUCUGCUGACGCUACUGUUGCUGGCCACUUGCACAGAUGCCAGUCCCGUGUUUGUGGAUAAUCCCAGCUUAGCACAAUUUCAAUCCGGUCGCAAUAUACGUCAUCUGCCCUGCAUAGUGCGCAAGUCGGGACGCUCUGGUGUCUGCAUGUUUGCCAUCGACUGCAUCAAGCAGAAUGGCACGCACUUGGGCACCUGCAUCGAUCGCUUUUACUUUGGCUCGUGCUGUGCAUUGAAGGAGGAAGCCUCGCUAUUUGCACCUGAGAUCAACGACAAUAGCAUCGAUCAGAAUACCAUUUCUCAUUUCGUCCACGAGUCCACAACAUUGCGCACGACGGACAGCACCUUUGGCAGCCACAAUCACAGCAGCAACCAUCAGCAGCAGCAACACAUGGCCAGCGAGUUGCUGAAGAAUGUGACGCAAAGUUAUUUGAGCAGCGCCAAACCAGUGCGCACCACCAGCAGCAGCAGUAGCAGCAGCUCCACAAGCACCACCAUGAUCAGCAGCAGCAGCAGUAGUAGUAGCAGCAGCAGCAGUUCUUCAACGACUGCCAGCACCACACGUCGUCCUCCGAAUGCUCACACCACCCACAAGAAUUCGCAUUUCGUGAUACGCACCACACUGAAGCCAAGUGCAGCUCCAACGCUGAUUACUACGCCGAAGCCACAUCGUCGUCGCACCACCAGCACACAGCGACCAGUGCUAACCACAUUGCCAGCGCUUGAGCAACGCAUUGAGACCACAACGGUGCCCAGCAAAUUUGUGACUUUCCAGAUUGUGGAGACAACAACGCCAGCAGUCACCGAGGCCACCAACCGCUGGCCAGAGACAACCACCAGACGGCACAGCAGCAGACCCACAGCAAGUAGCGCAGCAGCAGCGUCAAAGACCACAAGCAGGACAACAACAACAACAACCACAACGGCAGCACCGACAACCACAAGCACUACAACGACAACAACUAUAACACCACGUCCAACACCACCGCUGCGCACUACCACAACGGCAAAGCCACACAAGCAACAGUCAAGCAGACGCCCAGCUCCGCCUAAGAAGCCAGUCACAACAACAACAACCAGCAGCAGCAACAGCACGACAACAGCAACACGAAAACCUAUUGAGAGCAUCAGUAAACUAGGCAACAACAACAGCACCACCACCAGCCAAAGUCCAACAAAAACAACAACCACGGGCGGCAGCAGCAGCAGUCACAAGACUACGCCAACAACAACAGCAACAUCGACAGCAAGCAGAACCACAGCUAAGCCGGAGAGAACAACACAUGCGCCCAGGCCAAAGCCACAGCCAACGGCAGAGAUUGUCAAAGUUCCGGCAUUGCUGGCAGAUGUGCCAAUAACAACAACAACCACAACUACCACAAAGGCCACGCGCAGACCAACAACAACUGCACAAACAGCAACCACGACUGCGCCCAAAAAGCAACCAAUUAGCAGCGCAGCAACGACUACAACGCCAAAACCAACGCGUCGGCAUACAACAAAGACAACAACAACAACAACCAGCACCACUGCUGCGCCAACAACAACAACGACGACGACAACCAGAAGAACGACGACAACAACAACAACGACUGCUGCAACACCGCUAACCACCGAAGCAACCAAAUUGCAAUCACCCGCAACAGCAACAACUGAAGCAGCGGCAACGGCAACAUCAAAUGGCAGCAGCAGCCAAGCGACCAAGAAACCCGGUCUGAUCACCUGGACCGAUGUGGAGGCUGAGCCCAUAACAAAUGCGACCAUUGCCAGCAAUUGGCAGCCGGGUCAACCCGCCGAUUGGAUACCAAUGCCCACUUUGUUGCCAGAGAUGUACAACAAAACGGCUGCAGGCGCAGUUACGCCCAGCAGCAGCACAGACAAGGUGGUUAUCUCGGUGGCCACCAGCGUUAGCACCAGCAGUGAAUCAAAGCCGGGUCAGAGUCAAACGCCAAUGCCAGCAACGACAGCAACAACCGCUAGCAAGCCGCAUAGAACCACAAAACCACCACCAACUACUAGCAGGCCAACAUCAACAGCCACGACGACAACAACAACAGCUGCUACAACAACGACAACAAGCACUCCAAGAACUACAACGACAACAACAACAGCAACUGUAACAAGCAAAACCACAGCGGCAACUGCAACCGAGAGCAGCAGCAGCAUUGAAUUAGCAUCCUCGACAACAUCUUCAACCGAAUCCAGCAACGAGUUGGCCAGCAGCGGCAGCAGCACAACGGAUUACAGCGGCGAGGAGCUGAACACAACCACGAUCGAUGCAGUUGGCAAUACAACUGUAGCGCCUGCAAGUGGCUUGGAGGGCGUCGAUUACAGAGAAGUCUGUGGACGUCGCAUGUUCCCCGAGCCGCGCAUCGUUGGCGGGGCAAAUGCCGCCUUUGGACGCUGGCCCUGGCAGAUAUCGCUGCGUCAAUGGCGCACCUCAACAUAUCUGCACAAGUGCGGCGCGGCGCUUCUCAACGAGAACUGGGCAAUCACAGCGGCUCACUGUGUUGACAAUGUGCCGCCCUCCGAUUUGCUGUUGCGCCUCGGGGAGUACGAUCUGGCCGAGGAAGAGGAACCCUAUGGUUUUCAGGAACGUCGUGUACAAAUUGUUGCUUCCCAUCCCCAGUUCGAUCCACGCACCUUUGAAUACGAUCUGGCGCUGCUCAGAUUCUAUGAGCCUGUGGUAUUCCAACCCAAUAUCAUACCCGUUUGUGUGCCCGACAACGAUGAGAACUUCAUUGGCCAGACCGCAUUUGUCACCGGCUGGGGACGUCUGUAUGAAGACGGUCCGCUACCCAGUGUGCUGCAGGAGGUCGCUGUGCCUGUCAUCAACAACACCAUCUGCGAGUCCAUGUACCGUUCGGCGGGCUACAUUGAGCACAUACCCCACAUAUUCAUCUGUGCCGGCUGGAAGAAGGGCGGCUACGAUUCCUGCGAAGGUGAUUCUGGUGGCCCCAUGGUGCUGCAACGUGAGUCGGAUAAACGCUUUCAACUUGGCGGUGUCAUCUCCUGGGGUAUUGGCUGUGCGGAGGCCAAUCAGCCGGGCGUCUAUACGCGCAUUUCCGAGUUCCGAGACUGGAUCAAUCAGAUUUUACAGUUUUAGUCGCAUCGUCGUCGUAGUCUUCGCCUGUGUAUUAUGCCUAAUCCUUAGUGAAUGCCCAGCAAACGAAUCGACAUCGAAAUUGUUUUCGAAACUGAAUUCAAACUUGAUCUCGUGCUUUGGUUAUGACCUCUUAGCUUACAUUGAGACUCUGCGCAUAACCCAAGCAACGAUUUCAGUUACCAUUUACCAAUUUCCUAUAAAUCCCUCUUCAACUUUUUCUCCACCCAAAUGCAACACAACAACAAAAACAAUCACAACUAAUUCCAUUAUCAUAAUGUUAAUUUUAAAAUGCUUAGCUUAACUCAUAAUUACACGAAAAACAAAAGCACAAAAAAAAAAAAUAAGAAUGAAUGAUAAAGAAAAUAUUCCCUAAACUAGUGAAUGUGAUUAGCACACUAAACGAGGAUCGCAUCGUGCAUUAUUAUACAGAUGGUAAUAAUAAUGUUGGUGAUGAUAAUGAUGGUGUAACGUAUUAAUCAGUUUGACACUUAACUUAUUUCCCCCAUUUGUCUCUGUAUAUAAUUUUCUAAAUUAUUGCAUAUAACAUUUAUGUAGCUAUAAGUUUAUAUAAUAGACAAUUGCUCAACUCAAUGUGGGGCAUUUGAAUAGGCGCUUCUUUCCAACGAAGUUAUUGCGAAUACGAAGAAGCUAUUGUAAUUUAAUUUAAUAACGUAUUGUAAUUAUUUAUUUAAAAUCGCACAUAAAUUAAUUCAAUUAAAAUGUUUA